UUACUUUUGAUUUUGAGAUAUUCGAUAGGCGGUCACGAAACGCGGUCGUUUCAAACUUUUCCUUAGUCUUCACUCUUGGGCCGAGCUAAUGUCACCAACCAAUUAUCUCGCUGUCGCCCGCCGUACACCGACACCGAACGACAGAAUAAUGCAGAGUAUAAGCGGCGCAGUUCGUGUUUUCCGUACAACCCCAUUGGUGGGAUCGCUUUGGGGUCGCGGUUCCUGCUCCAAUUUAUUUGUUGGAGGCCUUUCAUAUGAUACCAAUGAAACUGUUUUGAAGAAUGCUUUUGAAAAACAUGGUGAAAUCAUUGAAGUUAGGGUUAUUUGUCAUCAUGUGAAUGGGAAAUCAAGGGGGUAUGGAUUUGUGCGGUUCGCUUCUGAAGCUGCAGCCGACGCUGCUCUUAAAGAAAUGCAUUCCCAGGUACUGGAUGGUAGAAAUAGUAGAGUUGAAUAUGCACACGAGGGAUGAUCAUUGGUGUUUCUCACCACAGCUUUGAUUUCUUCCAUGAUGGUAGAUUUUUUAAUUUCAAUAAUCAAUGUAAGAAAUUUGAUAUUAUCAUUUUCUUUUAUAUGUUUGAUACUUUGAUCAGUGAAUAACUUAGGUGUAUAUUGCAUUUACAUACCUGAGAUCUUUGUAAUAAUUUUGAAUUGCUUAGAAAUUAAUUAAAUCUCCCGAUGUAGGUUUUGAAUCUCCAACCAAAUGUUUAAUGACCGAAGAGGCCAAUACUCCAACUGCAUCAUGAUGUUCUGAAACCUAGUUUGUGUACUGAUUUAGCGGGGUGGGCAGAAAUACAAUUGCUUAUGUCUGCUAGAGACACUAUUUAUUGUUUUUGGAAAGAAAUCUGAAAACAUAUGUGACGCUGUAUACGGGAAGUCACUUCUCUGUUUCCGUUGGGUCAUUGUGAUCAAGUUUAUUGUUAGAGCACAAGCUAAAUUUUGCAGAGCUUAUACGCUUGCCAUGUAAUGUUUUAACCAAUCCAUUAUUGGGUCCAUUGUGAAAGUGUUUUGAGCUUUAGUGUAUAAGUUGCAUUUAGGAGAGAAAUGGGGGAAUUUGGGGUCAGUUGUACAGUUUUUGUCUUCACAUCCUUGUGAUCUGUAAUGAACGGUUUUUGCUGCUCAUCAUCAUCUUAGCAACUGUCAUUACUAAUUUUAGUUUACUGGCUAGGAAGCAGAUGAGAUUUAAUUUCUGUCUAUUU